AUGCUUUCCAAAAUGAGCAAAUACAGACGGGAAGAAUCCUCGAGUGAGGAUACAGACAGUGAAGAAGAACGUCGCAAGAAGGAUAUCAAGGAAAGAGAUAGCUUUGCCAGUCGUCUCAGAGCCAAAGAUGAAAGUAAAAGACGUAAUGUUGCUACGCUCCCUGGAUCCGGCGCUGCUGAAGCAGCAAAGAGACUUAAAAUUAUAGAGACUGAUACGAGAGAUAAACUAAUACCAAAAUUGAGAAUCGAGUCUCGUAGGAAAUACCUGGAGAAACGUAAAGAGGACAAAGUUGCAGAACUAGAAGCUGAUAUUAUUGAUGACGAAUAUCUAUUUGAUGAAAACAUUUUAACAGAAAAAGAAAAACAUGAAAGAGCUCAUAAGAAACAGUUGUUGCACUUGGCAAAGGAGCAUGAGAAGGCAAGGGAACUUGAGCGUAUGCAACGUUAUCAUAUGCCUCUUGAAAAGGGUAAAACGGAGCCAGAACCUGAUACAAUGGAAAAGGAACCACCGCAAUCUGAACAAAGUAAAUGGGAAUCAGAUCAGAUGUCAUCAGCUGUUUUUCGUUUUGGCGCUAAAGAUAGGAAAGCUCAACAAGAAUAUAAUCUUCUCAUGGAGGAUGAGAUGAUAGAGUUUGUUCAAGUGCUCCAUAUGCCUGGAUACAAGAACAAGAAACGGGAAGAAAGUCCACCCGCGCAUGUUAAAAGUUUACAAACGAUACAGGAGACAAAGAAAAGUUUGCCUAUUUAUCCUUUCAGAAAGGAUUUAAUACAUGCUAUCAAAGAUCAUCAGGUUUUAAUAAUAGAAGGUGAAACAGGAUCAGGUAAGACAACACAGAUUCCACAAUAUUUAUAUGAAUCUGGAUUUGCGGACGACGGUAAGAUUAUUGGAUGCACUCAGCCACGUCGAGUAGCUGCUAUGUCAGUGGCUGCGAGAGUAGCUCAUGAAAUGGCCGUUAAGUUGGGUAAUGAAGUUGGCUAUGCUAUUCGUUUUGAAGAUUGCACAUCGCAACGUACUCGUAUCAAAUAUAUGACUGAUGGUACAUUACACCGAGAGUUCCUCAGUGAACCCGAUUUAGCGUCGUACAGUGUAAUGAUAAUCGAUGAAGCACACGAACGUACUUUACACACUGACAUUUUAUUUGGGCUGGUGAAAGAUAUCGCGAGGUUUCGUCCUAAUUUGAAGCUGCUGGUAUCAUCGGCUACGUUGGAUGCCACAAAAUUCAGUGAAUUUUUUGACGAUGCUCCUAUAUUUAGAAUACCUGGACGUCGUUUUCCUGUCGACAUUUAUUAUACAAAAGCCCCGGAAUCAGAUUAUAUUGAAGCGUGUGUAGUUUCGAUUAUUCAGAUUCACGUAACGCAACCAUCGGGUGAUAUAUUGGUAUUUCUGACCGGGCAGGAGGAAAUUGAAACAUGUCAGGAAAUGUUACAAGAGAGAGUGAGAAGACUAGGAAGCAAAUUGGCAGAACUUUUAAUUUUACCUGUUUAUGCGAAUCUACCAAGCGAUAUGCAGAUAAAAAUAUUUCAACCAACUCCACCUGGCGCGAGGAAGGUUGUACUGGCGACUAAUAUAGCGGAAACUUCAUUAACUAUAGACAACAUAGUAUACGUGAUAGAUCCUGGUUAUGCGAAGCAGAACAAUUUUAAUCCACGCACCGGCAUGGAGAGUUUAAUAGUCGUGCCGAUCAGCAAAGCGUCCGCGAAUCAGAGAGCAGGACGCGCCGGAAGAGUAGCACCUGGAAAGUGCUUUCGUUUGUAUACAGCUUGGGCUUAUCAGCAUGAGCUUGAAGAUAACACCGUGCCUGAAAUACAACGGAUUAAUUUGGGUAAUGCAGUGCUUACUUUGAAAGCUCUCGGGAUAGAUGAUUUGAUGCAUUUCGAUUUCUUGGAUCCACCACCGCCCGAAACGCUGAUUUUGGCGAUGGAACAGUUGUACGCACUAGGUGCGCUGAAUCAUCGUGGAGAGCUAACAAAACUUGGACGUAGAAUGGCUGAGUUUCCACUGGAUCCAAUGAUGGCGAAGAUGCUGUUAGCUAGUGAGAAGUAUCGCUGUUCGGAAGAGGUGGCUACCAUCGCGGCCAUGCUUUCGGUGAAUGGCGCUAUCUUUUAUAGACCGAAGGAUAAAAUUAUACAUGCGGAUGCUGCACGCAAGAAUUUCCACGUACCUGGCGGUGAUCAUCUGACUCUCCUUAAUGUGUACAAUCAAUGGGCACAGAGCGAUUUUAGUACACAUUGGUGUUACGAAAAUUUCAUACAGCACAGAUCCAUGAAACGGGCAAGAGAUGUUAGAGAACAGCUAGUAGGUUUGAUGCAGCGUGUCGAGAUGGAAUUGGUCUCGGGAAUUACAGAAACAAUCAAUAUUAGAAAGGCUAUUACAGCUGGUUAUUUCUAUCACGUGGCACGUUUAUCGAAGGGAGGUUGUUACAAAACUGCAAAGCAUAAUCAACAAGUUGCGAUACAUCCAAAUAGUUCCCUAUUCCAAGAUCUUCCGCGUUGGCUUCUUUAUCACGAACUUGUCUUAACUACCAAAGAAUUUAUGCGUCAGGUGACAGAAAUUGAAAGCAAAUGGUUGCUCGAAGUGGCACCCCAUUAUUAUAAGCCUAAAGAAGUAGAAGAUUCAACGAACAAAAAGAUGCCGAAAGUUGCAGGCAGAUCACGACCAGAUGGAACGAAUUAAAAUGAAACUUCUUUUAUCUUCUGGAAGACAUAAAUGCAACGAAAAUGUUAAGCCUAACACAUUGAUUAAUAAUUUCUUCAUACAUAUGUCACUGACUAAUCAAGGAGUUGAAAAAAAUACGUCACGAGUUACAGUCGGUGAUGGAAAAAAUCGAAUAAGUGGAUAAUGGAAAUAAUGGAAUGAAAAAUAUGUGAAGAAACAAAAUUACUUCUGCGACAAUUCAUGUAAAUAGAACCAUAGAAAUCUUCAAUUUAAAAUAUCGAUAUCGCUGAUGUUGCAAACACGAAAAGCAAGUUCAGGCAAGUUUCUCCAAACUUUUCCGUGAUUUAUUUCAUUUUAUGAUUGCAAAGACAAAUACACAUGAAGCAUUGUUGUAAAUACAUGUCUCGUCCGCGCUCUUUUCUUAUCUUUCAUCCUUUUCUAUUGCUUUUCUUCCUUUUUUCCUCUCUUUUCUCUCGAUGCUUCUAUAAGAUUUCAACAAUACCUGGCAUUUAUAUCAACAAAUUUUCAUCUGGAUGAUUACGUGGUCUUAUAGACUUAAUUCGCUGGAUAAUAUUUAUCUUGCCGACUACCAUCCGUUUCAUCUCGUUGCUUCUCCGCGCUCGGCUCUCGUCUAAAACGCGCUCGUAAUUUCAUUAAUGUUUUCCCAUAUCUCUUACACGAGGCAAUAUUUGCAGGAACGCAAACGAUCGUUGAUACGAUUGUUUGUCGAUUUACAAGCAUUACGUGAUUACGUCAUUAUCUAUCCGAUAUCUCGUUAUCCACUGAACAUUUUGCUGCGUAUAUCGUCGAAGCUAUUUCGCAUUUCACAAAUGCAAAUUGCUUCUGAUCAAUUUUGUUAUGACACUUUGACAGAACGUUAUUAAUGAGUGUUAACCACAUCAAACAUUGUUCGGUGUACCGAGCGACGCUAUCAAUGCUUUAACGUUAUUAGGACUUGUUGUCCUUUGACUGAUAUUUAGAUCUGCAAAAUUCAACUUUUGUCAGGCAAAAAUGUAGGUACUCUUUUAUAUCUUUCGCGAUAAAUUUAAUUCUUGCAAUAAGAAUAUUCGUAACAUAAAUUUUUUCUUGUUUCCUGAGCUACCGCGAUGCCGAUGAUUUUUCAACUUCCUUGGAAAUUGCUGAUGAAAAUGUUCGGCAGACAACGUCUCACUUUUUUGCUUGGAGACUUACAUAAAAAAUAAAUGUGAAGAAAAUGUUAUAUUUUAUUAGUCAUGUCGUGUGAGUAAAACGACAACCAGUGAUAUAAUUAGAUAGCGCAAGCGUAUCUGAUAUUGCCGUCAUUUCAGCAACAAUUGUCGUCAGAAAUGAAAAAAAUUUAUCCACUUUCAAUUUAAGCAGUUUAAAUUGAUACAAAAAGUAAUAUUUAUUAGUUAGUAA